UGGAUAAUGUUUUGAAAACUCUAAGACAUCUAAAUGUUUCGAAAGGCGCCGGUCUUGAUAAAAUUCCGGCUAAAAUGCUACGCAUUGCUGCAGAUAUAAUUGCACCCUCUUUAACUUAUAUUUUUAAUCUAUCACUUUCAACUGGAGUGUUUGUAGAAAGUUGGAAAUAUGCGAAGGUUAUACCGAUUUAUAAGGAAGGCAACAAACGAACUUUGGGAAAUUAUAACCAAUAUCAAUUCUACCGAUAA